GCCAACUUGUUCUUCCUCCAUUGCUUCCCAGCUUCAUCACCCACAACCCCCACCCUCAAAAUGCUCUCUCUACGCACCAUUGCCCGCUCUGUGCCUCGCACUGUCUCGCGCUCUGUCGCCGCCUCUUCCCGGUCCGCCGUCCGCCCCAUCUCCACCGUCCCCAAGAACACCUUCCUCCAGUCCUCCUUCAAGCAGGCCACGAAACCCGCCUAUGCUGCUUUCUCGACCUCGAGUGCGUUCAGAAAGUCUCCCGCUCCAGGUGAUGUCGAACUGGUCGCUAAGCUCGAGGAGGAGUUGAAGCACGAGCAGGCUUCCGGCCUUGAGGACUUGGAGCCCUCCGUCCAGAACAUCCAGUAUGUUCUUCAAAACAACUCUUGGGAGGUCAAGGAUGUCCCCGGAGAGCAGGAAGUCAUCCUGACCAAGAAGUUCGGCAACGAAGAGAUCCGCCUCACUUUCACCGUCGCCGACCUCCAGAACUUGAGCGAGCAGGAGGAAUUCGGUGACGAGGCUCUGGACGAGCUGGAUGGUGACAGAAACGGCUCCCGGGACGCCGCUGCCGAGGAGGACAUGGAGCCCAGCUUCCCUGCCCGCGUCAACAUCACCAUCGAGAAGCCCGGUAACGGCGCUCUUCUGAUCCAGACCGUUGCUCAGGAUGGCCUGUUCCAGGUCGAGGAGGCUUCCUUCUUCAGCAAGCCCGACUUGGCCCACGCCCAGACUGCCGAGAAGGACUGGGCCAGACAGAGCCUGUACUCCGGCCCUCCCUUCGAGAACCUCGAUGAGGAGCUGCAGUCUUUCCUCGAGCGCUACCUCGAGGAGCGCGGCAUCAACGCCGAGCUUGCCAACAUGAUCCCGGAUUACAUCCAGGUCAAGGAGCAGAAGGAGUACGUUCGCUGGAUCGAGAGCGUCAAGAACUUCAUCGCUGCCUAGAUGCGGAAGAUUGAAUAACCGCGUUGACCCAAGGAAUGCCCCCCCAAAUCGAUAUUUUUGUUUAAUCACGUUACGACAACACCCCUGUCUUGAAAAUAUCGGAAUCAUGUUUCAUUAAUUUUGGCCGCUGUCCCUCCCGCCAGUGCGCGCAUGUAUAUUAGUACGUAGUAGAUGUUUCAUUAAGCCUAGCCUAGCCCAAUCACGUC